AUGGAAAUCACAGGCACGCCAGAGGAGCGCGUCCAGUUAUUUCUAGACUUUGCCUCCAAAAGCGACAAGAGCCGCAUCUCGCCCUACGUCAAGCUCCUCUCCGUCGACGCCUCCGCGCCGCACCCUUCCGUCGUCUUCUCCUUCACCGUCGCCGAGUGCCACAACAACGCCAGCGACAACAUGCACGGCGGCGCCAUUGCCACGCUCUUUGACUGGGCCACGUCCAUGCCGCUCGCCCUCGUCUGCAACCCAGGAUACUGGAGCUUCAUGGGCGUCUCGCGCAGCCUCAACGUCUCGUACCUGAGGCCCGCGCCCGUCGGCACAGAGUGCGUUGUCGAGUGCGAGAUUGUGUCGGUCGGCAAGAGGCUGGCCAUGCUGCGCGGCACGCUGCGAAGAAGGUCGGAUGGUGCCAUUUUGGCCAUUUGUAACCAUGACAAGGUGAAUACGGACCCGCCCGUUGGAAAGUUGUAG